UCAAGUGACUACACAAUUAGACAACACAAUGAUGCUCAUUCUACUCUUUGUAGCCCUUAUUUCUAUCAUUCUUAGUUUCCAUCUUUCUAAAGCCAAAAAGGGUGGAAGAAACACACUGCCACCUGGUCCUUUAGGUUUGCCAUUUAUCGGAAAUUUGCAUCAAUAUGAUAGUUUAACACCUCAUAUCUAUUUUUGGAAACUUUCGAAAAAAUAUGGAAAAAUCUUCUCAUUGAAACUUCCUUCUGUUCCAAUUGUUGUUGUUUCUUCAGCAAAAUUGGCAAAAGAAGUUUGGAAAACACAAGAUUUAGUAUUUUGUAGUAAACCUUCUACUCUUAGCCAGCAAAGAUUGUCUUACAAUGGUCGUGACAUAGUCUUCCAACGCUACAAUGAUUAUUGGAGAGAAAUGAGAAAAAUAAGUGUUCUUCAUCUAUUUAGUCUCAAGAAAGUAAAAUUAUUUAGUCCAAUGCGUGAAGAUGAAGUCUCAAGAAUGAUUAAGAAAAUAUCUCAACAUGCUAAUACCUCAAAAAUCACCAAUUUGAGCAAUCUAAUGAUUGCACUAAGUACUACAAUUAUUUGUAGAGUUGCUUUUGGUAUUAGGUUUGAUGAAGAAGCACAUGAAAGGAGGAGGUUCAAUAUUCUUUUAGAAGAAUCUGCAACAAUGCUGACUAGCUUCUUUGUAUCUGAUUUUUUUCCUUAUUUAGGUUGGAUUGAUAAACUUACUGGAUUGAGAAAUAGACUUGAGAAGAAUUUUAAGGAUUUGGAUGAAUUUUAUGAAGAACUUAUUGAGCAGCAUCUUAAUCCUAAUAGGCCAAAAUCUAUGGAAGGGGAUAUUCUUGAUCUUUUGCUCCAAUUGAAGAAGGAGAAAUUAACACCAAUUGAUCUCACUUUGGAGGAUAUAAAGGCAAUUGUCAUGAAUGUGUUACUUGCAGGAUCAGACACUAGUGCAGCUGCAAUAGUAUGGGCAAUGACAGCCAUGAUGAAGAACCCAAAAGUCAUGCAGAAAGUUCAAGAAGAAAUCAGAAAGUCAGUAGGAAAGAAAGACAAUAUUUUGAAUGAAGAUGAUAUCCAAAAUCUUCCCUAUUUCAAAGCAGUGAUAAAGGAGUCUUUUAGAUUGUAUCCAUCGGUUCCACUCCUACUGCCAAGAGAAUCAAUGAGAAAAUCUACACUAGAAGGGUAUGAAAUUCAGCCAGGAACUAUUAUUCAUGUUAACUCAUGGGCAAUUGCAAGAGAUCCUGAAAUAUGGGAAAAUCCAGAAGAAUUUAUACCCGAGAGAUUCUUAAAGAACAAUAUUGAUUUCAAGGGACAAGACUUUGAGUUAAUUCCAUUUGGAGCAGGAAGAAGAGGGUGUCCAGGAAUUGCACUUGGGGUUGCAUCCAUGGAACUUGCAUUGGCAAAUCUUCUUUAUGUAUUUGAUUGGGAGUUGCCUUUUGGGAUGAAAAAAGAGGAUAUUAGUACAGAUACUAGGCCUGGAAUCACCGUGCAUAAGAAAAAUGAGCUUUGCCUGCUACCAAGAAUUAUUUGUAGAUUCUUGUAGACCAUCCUCAUAUGUUGGAUUUAGGGUGAGCUAUGUGAGGCCAGAUGAAUUCAUUACUUUUCACUUGAAUUAUGUUUUCACAUGUAAAAUACAUUUAAAAUGCGUGAAAAUAUAAUAAAAUCAUUCACGUAAUGAACGUACUGACUCUAAA